ACCUCAAAGUGGUGUAUUAUGUGAUUCCAACUUUUCCGACAGCAAGUGAACACAGCAAAGUUUAACAAGGCUGAGUGCCUGAAAGUCAUUUGUUUUCGAUGAAUCGGGCGGACUGGAUUGGACAGCCGGCGGUUCCGCCCACAAACACACAAGGUGGAGUUGAAAAGAAAAAACACACUGGGCCAAAAUGAAGCUGUCAAACAGCCGCUUACAAUUCAGUAAAAGAGGUUUGGAGCUGGUGGAAACCGCUUGAGCACAGGAAAAGAGAAAUAAAUGCUGACAAACAACAAAUUGCAUUUGAUUUUUAUUUGAUUUUAAAUAGCAUUAAAUACGAGAACCAGAGCUGCAACUUUGGCUUUCCUGAGACCCGGAGUUGCCUGCUAAAACCCCCGCGGUGCAAAAUUUCGCCUCGGAGAUGUAACAGGAUCGGCCUCGGGGAGCAAAAGUAAUCGUGCUCGGUUUUAUUCAAAAAAAAAUCAACGGUGCGCCACCGCAAAAAAAAUGGUGUUGAGUCGGCGCAGCGAAAUGGUUGGAUGGAGAGGGGAGAGCUGCUGCGCGUUGAGUGGAGGGAGACUGCGAGUGAGAUGGAGGCGGGGGGAAGGACCGUCUCUGCGGGGACUGGAGCCCAGCAUCGACGGCGCAGUGCUGGCUAUAGUUCAACCCUCCCCUUCUUCCUCCACAGCGACACUGGCUCACAUCGAAACAGGUAAGGCACCACAAAACUCGGUCGGUUUCACAGCUACACUACCGAGAAGCUCAUAAAAAAAAACGAUGAAAAGUUUACAGUGAAGCAUUUAGUUGUGGGGUUGGUUGUCAUUUAAACGCCCCUCGCACGGCAGUUUCUUUGUAGCACCGAAACAGACCGACCGUUGUGGAAGGGUACAGAUCGAGGUCGGCCAUAGCCGAAUUACUUAUCCCGAACAGUGGGGAAGAACCGCGUUGUAAGACCCGAAGGUAUGUUUCAUUUUUACUUAAAAAAAACCCGACGACUGCUUUAGGCAAAAUACUUUCAUCGAAACUGAGACAUUUGUGAUGUAACGGUGGGGUUUGCGUGGGGAACGAGCGGUGGUUUCCGCGCCGAGACCUCCAUGCGGCUGUUGGCGGAACAGCUAGCCGCCACUCUCGGCCAGCCAUCAGGGAUCUCGGUUUAAUAUCUCACCGUACUGAGACUCGCCCUCCCUCUCCCCCUCACUCUCUCUCACCGACCGUAGCCCAGAACCACCAGCGACGACCGAGCUCGAAGAACCCGCCUUCUCGUCCUUGCUUAUGCGCUUUUCGGGUGUAGGGGAAGGGAGGCUGCAACGCCCCGGCUUUAGCUCUAAGCUCCGUUGUCAGUGUUUGCAGUGCGCCAUUGGACCUUGUCACGGUAGGUUUCCUCACAGAGCAGAGCGGGGCUGAAGCAUGGCGGACCUGGAGCUGUUUUUGCCGCGCCAGAGAAGCUGCUCAUACUCGGAUCUUAGCGUCCUUUCUGAGAUGUAACCGGGCAUUUGGGAUCCGCGUUUUCUCGGCAGUUACGUUCUGAUCAGUUUACUGAUGAUACAACUAAAAUUAACGAGCAAAAAAUUAGGUUAACGUGGUGUUUUUCCGUUUAAUAUUUGGAUUUUUUUUGCAUCUCUUUCUGAGGCUCCGCAGGUCAUUUCAACUGAAAAAGAGUCGAGACUGUAUAACCACAAAUGAAUGGAGACAUGGAGGCGGUGGCCCAGGACCAAGUGUGGGCGCAGGAUGACCUCCUAAAAUUGCUGGACUCCAUGAAAGUGGCUCUGCCUCAGAAGGACCUGACAAAAUACAAAACCUCCGAGUCCCACCUGGACUGGCAGAAGGUGGCCUUCAACUCCUACACAGCAGAGAUGUGCAAGCAGAAAUGGCAGGAAGUCUCAAAAGAGAUCCGGAAAUUCAGAACUCUAACAGAGCUGAUAUUUGAUGCCCAGGACUACAUCAAGAACCCUUACAAAGGCAAGAAAUUAAAGAAACACCCAGAUUUCCCCAAGAAGCCUUUGACUCCGUAUUUCCGUUUCUUCAUGGAAAAGAGGGCCAAGUAUGCAAAGUUGCAUCCUGAAAUGAGCAACUUGGACCUCACUAAGAUCCUCUCCAAGAAGUACAGGGAGCUCCCUGACAAAAAGAAGAAAAAGUAUGUAGAUGACUUCUUGCGUGAUAAGGAAACAUUUGUGCAAAGCAUGAUGAAAUUCAGGGAAGAACAUCCGGACCUCAUGGAGAGCAUGACCAAGAAAGGCUCAAAUGUCCCAGAAAAGCCCAAGACGCCCCAGCAGCUGUGGUACAACCAUGAAAAAAAGGCGUUCCUCAAGACGCACCCUGAUGCGACCACCAAAGACAUCAAGGACAGUCUUGGUAAGCAGUGGACGCAGCUGUCUGACAAAAAGAGGCUCAAAUGGAUCAGCAAGUCCCUGGAGCAGCAGAAGCUGUACGAGGAAGCGAUGCGGGAAUACACCAAGCAGCACCCGGAGCUGAACAUGAGCCAGGGAAACAUCAUGAAGUCCACCCUGACCAAGGCGGAGCGGCACCUCAAAGACAAGUCCGACGGCCGGCCCGACAAGCCUCCUCCAAACGGCUACUCGAUGUUCUGUGCCGAGCUGAUGUCCAGCAUGAAGGACGUCCCGAGCACGGAGCGCAUGGUGAUGUGCAGCCAGCGGUGGAAGCUCCUGAAGCAGAACGAAAAGGACGCGUACCAGAAACGCUGCGAACAGAGGAAGAAGGAGUAUGAAAUAGAGAUGAACAGAUUCCUCAGUACCUUGUCAGAGCAGGAGCAGCAGCGAGUUCUGGGCGAGGAUAAGAUCGGUCUCAAAAAGAACAGUGCAGCCAGCAGCCCUGCCUCUAGAAAGAAAAAUGCUAAAACGAAGGCAAGUACAGAGAAACCCAAGAGGCCCAUCUCUGCCAUGUUCAUAUUCUCUGAGGAGAAGCGAGCCAAGCUGCAGCAGGAGCGACCCGACAUUCCUGACAGCGAGCUCACCAGACUCCUGGCCCGCAUGUGGAACGAGCUGCCUGAUAAGAAGAAGGAGAAGUAUAAACGUGUGGAGGCGCUUCUGAAAGCCGAGUCUGAGAAGAAGGAGAGGGAGGACAGAAGUCGCCUGCCGGAUCCGCCCAAAACUGCUCAGGAAAUCUGGCAGCAGAGUGUCAUAGGGGACUACGUUGCCAGAUUUAAGAAUGAUCGACCAAAGGCGCACAAAGCCAUGGAAACGGUGUGGAGCACCAUGGAGAAAAAGGAGAAGAUCAUGUGGAUCAAAAAAGCUGCAGAAGACCAGAAAAGAUAUGAAAGAGAUCUGUGCGAGAUGCGAUCUCCUGCCAACGCCGUCACAUCUUUGAAGAAGAUGAAGUUCGAAGGAGAACCCAAAAAACCGCCAUCAAACGGAUACCAGAAGUUCUCCCAGGAGAUGCUGUCCAACGGCGAGCUGAAUCACCUCCCGAUGAAGGAGCGAAUGACCGAGAUCGGCAGCCGGUGGCAGAGGCUGCCGCUGAAGGACAAGGACCGCUACAAGAAGAUCGCCGAGGAGAAGCAGAAGCAGUACAAAGUCCUCCUGGAACAGUGGCUGGCUAGCUUGUCUUCACAAGAGCGAAACACUUACAGAGAAUACAAUUCCCAAAAAAGAAGAGCUCCGGCAAAACCAGGAGGCGCCAAAGCAAAGAUUAAGAAAUCUGACACGGAGGAAGAGGAGGACGACGACGACGAUGAGCAGGAGAAGGCUUCGUCGGAAGCAGACUCCUCCAGUGAGGAGGAUGACGAAGAUGAAGACGACGAUGAUAACGACGAAGAUGACGACGAUGAGGACGACGACGACGACGACGAUGAGGUGGACGACAAAGAAAACAAAUCGGACGAUGACGACAGCAGCAGCGACUCUAACUCCGCCGAGUCGUCGGAGUCGGAUUCGGACUGAAACAUGGCCGCCAUCGCCGCCGCCCAGAGACGAACUAAAGCAGCGCUGAGCUGAGCCAA